AUCUAGUUGCCAGGCUAUGUUAUAGCAGUUUUAAUUCAGUGAACCCGACCCAGAACAAGAAAACGAAACUUAAAGAAAUAUUCUGCGUAACAAAGCGACAUCGUGACAGGAAAGUCUCCCAUCUCUAAAAAAGAACUAAGAAGGAGGACUAAAACUUAACAUACUGACUUCAGCAGAGGAAUUUGCUAAAAUGGCAGAGAAAAUCGCUCUUGUUGAAAGUUUCCUGAGCUGCCAUGUUUGCUCAGAGACUUUCAGAGAUCCUGUGUCUCUGAGUUGCAACCACAGCUUCUGUUCAAGCUGCUUGCAGGAAUUCUGGGGGAAAACUGGAAACAAGAACUGUCCCAUCUGUAAAAGAAGAUCGUCAAAGAAGGAUCCGUCCAUCAACUUCUUCCUUAAAGAACUCGCUGAUUCGUUUGCUUGGAAGGAGAAUGGAGCUUCAACUGAGAGGGGAAAAGAGAAGAAGAAAGAGAAGGAGGUGGUGUGUGAGAAACACUCCGAGGUUCCUUACUGGUUCUGUGAAGACGAGCAGAGAGCUGUGUGUCCUGUCUGUGAGUUUUCUCUCCACCAGAGUCACAAAGUGGUUCCUAUAGAACAAGCAGUCAGUGAGCUGAAGGAGCAGCUGAAAUCUGACUUAAAGUCUCUGCAGGACAAGAGGAACAAACACGAACAAGUGGAGAAAACAUACGAUGAUGUGAUUCAACACUCCAAGAAGCAGGUGUUGUCCACCGAGAGACAGAUCAGAGCAGAGUUCAACAAGCUCCACCAGUUCCUGAGAGAUGAAGAGGAGUCCAGACUGGCAGCUCUGAGGGAGGAAGAGGAGCAGAAGAAGAAGACUAUCAGCAGAAAGAUGAAGAGGAUUGAGGAUCAGAUCUCCUCUCUGUCAGACAGCAUCUCUGCUGUUGAAGAAGAGCUGCAGAAAGACAACGUGUCGUUCCUCAGAAGUUAUGAAGCCACUCAGAGCAGAGCCAGAGGUCAGAGGUCACUGCCAGAUCCACAGCUGGUCUCAGGUGCUCUGAUAGAUGUGGCCAAACACCUGGGCAACCUGUCCUUCAUAGUCUGGGAGAAGAUGAAGGACAUGGUGAAGUUCAGUCCCAUCAUCCUGGACCCAAACACUGCUAAUGGAUGGAUCCAUCUGUCUGAUGAUCUGACCACUGUGACACAUGGAGACACAUGGCUGCAGCUUCCUGAUAAUCCAGAGAGAAACAUUUAUAUUGAAGUGUUUGGUUCUGAGGGUUUCAGUUCAGGGAAACACAGCUGGGAUGUGGAGGUGGGAGAUCAUCCUGACUGGUAUUUGGGUCUGGUCAAAGAAUCUGUUGACAUUAAGGGAGAGAGAGAUGUUACACCACAAUUUGGAAUCUGGUGUUUAUGUUUUGAAGAUGGAAAAUACACUGAUGGUGAUAGUAAGUCCAUAUCCGUGAAGAAGAGUCUCCAGAGGAUCAGAGUCCAACUGGAUUACGACAGCGGCUUUGUGUCCUUCUACGACUCUGAAGACAUGACCCACAUCUACACUUACAGAGACACUUUCACUGAGAAACUCUUCCCAUAUUUCAGUGUUGGAGAAGCUGCUGGAGCAAAACCGACAAAGAUCAAAAUUAUGUGAAACUGAAAAGUUUGUGUAAUUUUACAGAUUUUUUACAUGAUUGUUGGAUUGUGAAAUGUAAAAAUAAUAUUUUAGUUUAUUCGUUAAAUAAGAAGAAAAGCUGAAGUCUGGGAAUUUAUUAAUUUUGUAAUUUUUGAACUAUGAUAGAUAAGAAAAAAUCACUUUGUAUGAAUCCUAAAAGGUGGAUUUAUUGUUAUUAACAAAUAACAAUAAAACCAAACUUUCUCUGGCCAAUAACAAGUUAAGGUUUUCUUUAAGGGGUUCAUUUUACUUCUAGGGCUUUGGAAUAUUUUAAUAUUGUAUAACCUUAACAAGACUCUGAGGUCAUGUAACCAAGACAAGCUGUUUAUGGAUUAUAUGAAAAACUAACAGGACAUUUUCCUUCCCUUUAAUUUGACGUUGGAGGACUCUUAUGAGCUUUUUAGAAAUCAUCUUUUUAUAAUUGCUUUUGAUAAAGUAUGUGGAUAUACUGGUGUUUUCUUUAAGUCAAGUUUUACUUGACUUUUAUUAUCUAAUGCUUCCAGCUUUAGUCUAUUUUUAUUUUCUUUUUAAGAACUGUAACACAGAAAACGUUUUUUAUUUUACUAAAGAAAUAUGGAGAUUAGUCUUUUUCAAAAUGUUACAGCUUCAGUUGUUUUCGUUUACUUUAUUUCACUUAAAUGUUAAAGAUCAUAAAAACCUUUAGUAAGGGGAUCAUAGUAAAUAUAAAAAGCAGUUUUCAAAUGAUGAUUUCCUUUAUUGAGAAAAACAAAGAUAACUAAACUACACUGGCUUAAUAUCAGUUGUUGCAAAAGGUGACAAAAUUAAUACUGUCUUUCUUUAAUACAUUAAAUCCUUCAUCUAACUCACAAUCUAAUUUUUCGUUUUCACAUUUGUUUAACAAGCUAAAAAAAAAUAGUGAUAUAAAACUAAAAAUAUUAAAAAUCCCUAAUAAGGCUAAUACUUUAUCGCAGCAUUAUACCAGUCUAAUGUAUUUUUUAUUAACCUUAAAAUGCACCAGUUGUGUGAUGGGAAACAGAUUUAACCUGCCGAUCAAAGUCAAACCAGAUCAAGAGAAAAAUCUGCCAAUUCCAAUCAUUGGCAAGCCGAUCGGUGCAACACUAUUAUUAACGAAUGGUUGAGAACAUUGAACUAAAAGUUCAAAUGGUGUUUGAUUACUUUGUUGCAGUGUCUGUUUAAUACACUAUGUACAUUUAGUUUUCUUUAUGAAAUGCUUUCAAAAGUUUGUCUUUAUGUACGCUCAUCUUUUCUUACCAUAAACAACAGAAUAUUAAAUCUAAUAUUUUGGAAAUUCUUUUCCUUUGUUAUAUUAUAUGCAUUUUUUGCUGUUUUUUUCUUUGUGCAGAUAUUAAAAGUCCACAUGGUUAUUUGAAUGAUCAUUUUGAGAGAUUUAAUAAACAUUUCUGACAUUUAGAGUGAUGUGUUAAUGUAAACUAAAAACCAUCUACACAGAAAGACACUGAAGUUUCUAUUUAAACUCAUUUUAUUGAUAACACUUUAACACAUUUUCUUGAAGUUAGAGAAACACGUGUAGCACGUAAGAGAACAGAGCAAUAAUCUGAAGAAGCGGAGAACUAGAGGGUUAAUAUUAUAGAGAAGAAAGUCAAACUGACAAAAAGAGACAAAGGUAAACCAGAAAGAGCCGACUGCAGAGAAAUGAUUGAAGAAGGUUGGAAACAGAGGGAGCAGGAAAAAGAGACUCCCAUGGCAGAGAAACCACCUCAGUGUUGUCAGAGCAACUUAGUUUCUGCUGCAGGAAAAACAAACAAAAAAACGCAGACGUUCAGAGUGAAAAUUCAGAGCUCAGCCUGAAUGAACCGGUUCGUCUCUCUGAUCCAAUUUCUGGACUAAAUGCAAAACAUUGUCUGUGCUUCAUGUGGAGCGACUGCGCCUCCUGCUGGCUGUACUGACAACACUGAGAACCCAUAGAAAAGCAUGCAAAAGUAUCAACACAUCAUCAUCAUCAUCAUCAUCAAUGUCGACUUUAUCAUAGUCAUCCUUAGUGCCACAGUCAUGAUUAUAAUAAUCCUUACCAUAUCAAUCAUCUUCAUUAUAUCAUCUGGAGACAAAAAUGGUUAUAUGCACUUAAAAAGCUCAGAAAAUAGAGAAAGGUCGAGUUUACCAGCAUUCAGUA